GUGGGCGAUAUCUCGAUAUCUAAGAUAUAUCGAUAAUUUUUUAAACCUCGAAAUGAAAUUUGACAUAUCGUAUAUAUCGAUAUAAUGCUUAUAUUUAAUUCUGAUUUCGCCACUUUGCCUGUUUGCCUUCUCUGUGUGCUGUGCGCGCCCCGCCUCCUUGCUUGCUUGUGUUCCCCCUCCCCUCGCGUGUUGUCUCAUUCAAAAUGGCGGCGCCCGCAACCAGCCCGGAGGCUACAGAACUAGUUUCAAAAAAGAGGACAAAUGGCUCCGUUAUAUGGAGAUACUUCGGUUUUAAGGUGUCGGACGAACAGCAGACAGAUGUCUAUUGCCGUGAAUGCCGAAAGUUGGUGCCAACUAAAGCUUCUAGCACCACGAACCUUUUCCAUCAUUUACAGACAAGACACAAGCUCGCAUACGAGGAGUGCACCAGACUAAGGAUCCCGGCCAAUAAACCCACUAGCUCUGGAAACACUCCACAAACUACACAGAUAACACUUAACAAAUCUUUAACGCGGAGUGUAGAAUAUGAAAGAAAGAGUGCAAGGUGGUGUAGCAUCACAGAGUCCGUGGCAAUUCAUAUAGCGGCGGACAUGGUACCCAUUGCCGUCGUUGAACAACCUGGCUUUAUACGGAUGCUAAAAACACUUGACCCAAGAUACAGUUUACCUAGUCGGCAUUACUUUGCGAGACAAGAACUCCCACGACUGUACACUACGGAGAGAGGGCGGCUUGCUGCUGAAUUGAAAAAGGUUACUGACUAUGCCCUGACUACAGACAUGUGGAGCAGCAGGACAUGCGAGCCUUACAUGUGCGUUACUAUACAUUAUAUUUUGGACUGGAAGAUUAAAAGCGCAUGCCUUCAAACCACAUAUUUCCCACAAGAUCAUACAGGUGAAAAUAUAGCAGAGGCUCUCAAAGACGUAACAACAACCUGGAUGUUAAAUUCAAAUGGACCCGUGGCCAUUACCACUGACAAUGGCGCGAACAUCGUCUGCGCAGUCCAAAACAACAACUGGCAGAGGAUGCAAUGUUUUGGUCACAGACUACAUUUGGCCAUUGGUCAUGGAAUGCAAGACCCUCGUAUCACACGGGCCAUUUCUCUGUGCAAGAAAACUGUGAGCGCAUUCUCCUACAGCUGGAAAAAGCGGAGGGAUUUGGCUGAAGUGCAGGCACAGAUGAAUUUACCAGCUCAUCAGCUCAGUACGGAGUCGACCACACGGUGGGGAUCACGUCUACAAAUGGUAGAACGCGUCCUUGAGCAGGAAAGAGCUCUUGCCAAAGUCCUGUCUGCUGACAAGAAAACAAGACCUCUGGUUCUUACCUGGCAAGACAUAGAGGUGCUAGAGGCCAUCCAAAGAGCACUGAAGCCCCUGCAGGACUUCACUGACGCUUUGUCAGGCGAGGAGUAUGUGACACUCUCAUACGUAAGACCUGUGCUCCACCUCUUUAACAGCAGGCUCCUUGCUCCUGAGGAAGGUGACAGUGAGCUUACAAAGUCCAUCAAACACACCAUCCUGACUUACUUAAAUGAAAAGUAUUCAGAGCCCUCUACCAGUGACUUGCUGGACAUUGCUUCCUUUAUAGACCCACGGUUUCGGGGAAAAUAUGUCAGCAGUGGGAAACUGGUUGCAUUGAAAGAGAGGGUCAUCUGCGAAGCACAGAGUUUGUUAGGUGAUCAGGGGAGCUCUGCAGGUGUUGACAAAGCUGUGCCUCAGUCCACACAAGAAAGUGCCAUAGCAGAUCCUGUGCCCCCCAUUGCUAAAAAGAAAAAAACACUAGCCAGCUUCUUUCUCCCAGAUGCAACCCCUAACUCUUCUUCAUUCUCACCUCGCGAGUCCAUUGAGACUGAGUUGUCAAGCUAUUUACAGUCUGUAUGUUUGGAGAGUGAGGCAGAUCCACUACAAUGGUGGCAGGAACAUGAGGUUGCCUAUCCAGCACUGAGCACCCUAGCAAAAAAGUACCUCUGUGUGCCUGCUACUAGCAGUCCUUCUGAAAGGAUCUUCAGCUGCAGUGGAAAUAUAGUUACUUGUCAAAGGGCUGCACUUAAGCCUGAUACAGUAGACAGAUUGGUAUUCCUUGCUCAAAACAUUAAAAUGUAAAUGUUACACAAACUUGUUUUUUAGCUAUUUGUUGAUAGCUACAACAGAGUUCAUGCAAAGUUGAGUUUGAGUAAAGUUGUUUACGAAUUAAAAGAAGGAGAAGAUAUGUAUUAUUUUAAUUUACAGUUAAAUUAUUAUUAUUAAUGUAUUCAGAGUUUUUUAUCUUAUGUAGCAGAAGCACUUUGUUUGCCUACCUCGAGUGGAGUUGUUUUAUUCUUGAACAAAAAGAAGGCAAUAUGUAUUUUAUUUUUUAUAGUUAAAUUAUUAUUCUUGUUUACAGUUGCAGAAGCACUUUGUUUGCCUACCUCGAGUGGAGUUGUUUUAUUCUUGAACAGAAAGAAGGCAAUAUGUAUUUUAUUUUUUUAUAGUUAAAUUAUUAUUCUUGUUUACAGUUGCAGAAGCACUUUGUACCUGAGUGAACUGCCUACCUCUUUGCACUUUAAUAAAAAAGGCCUUGUGGAAUUUGGCGCAUUUGUUUUUGCAGUAGUUUUUGGCUUUGCGUGAAAAAUACCCACCCUAUCGAGAUAUAUAUCGACUAUCGAGAUAUAGCAAAAUAUAUCGAGAUAUAAUUUUGGGCACAUAUCGCCCAGCCCUAGUUACGCCC